AUGCGACAGGAGGACCAAAACACCUUAAGCGCAAUGCCCGAACUUGAUUCGCCGCAAGAUACUUUAUGGGGAAGGUUCUUUGGAACUGGCAGUGCCUCUGUUCCAGAUGUGCUGGCGGUUCCCGCGGAGUCAAGCGCUCUCGCCACCCCAGCCACCCCAGCCACCCCAGCCAGCGCAAGCAGUGGCAAUGCAAGCAAUGCCAGCAAUGCCACCAGCACAAAUACAAGCGGAAACACCUCUGGCAUCACUGGCACGGCCAAGACAGCCAAGACAGCCAGCACAAAUGGCACAAAUGGCACAAAGGCAGCGAAGGCAGCGAAGGCAGCGAGCACGAAAGCAGUGAGCACCAGUACCUUUGGCAAAGUGGCUGCUCACAUUAAGAGUCUCUCUACGCAGGAUUGCAAAGAUAAGUGGGAGCCUGAAUGGAGUUCUGAAGCCGCAGAAGAGAAUUGCCAGCUGUGGGCUGCCAACGGCGAUUGGGGAGCGUUGGCAACCGCGGCAUCUGUGAAGAUUGCAUGCGAAGGCGAAUGGGCGCAAGCCCAUUGCGCCGCAACUUGCGGAUGCGAAGUCGUGAAAGGUGCCAAGCUUGAUCAAGCAAUCCUGAAACUCGCCAAGGGACUCGGCCUAUCCCAGAAGCAGAUGAAGGAGGUGACGUCCACCCUUGAGACCAUCACUUCCUCGGCAAAAGAAGCAGUGCUGCAUGUAAUGGGGACGGCAGCCGUGGCACUGAACAAGACUGACGCUCUCCAUGCACUCACAGCCGGCACGACAACAGCACCAGGACCGUCUGAAGCAAGCUCAAAAUCGUCAGCUUCAAGCAAAAAAUCAUCGGCUUCGACCACGACCACAACCCCAGCUGCAGCAAGUGACGUCAUUGCCAUGUCCCACGCGCUGGGUUUUGAUGCCGAGCUGGGCCAGCAGCUGAAUGCAACACUACAAUUGAUACCCAAGCAGCACUAUGAUGACAUAUUGGAAGUCUUGAAAUCAAUUGAAAGAGCCCAGACGUCCACUACCACAACAACACACGCCUCAGUGGAGGACAUCAUAGAAAUUGCGCAAAACAUUGGCUUGAAAACCGAGGAUAUUGCGAUGAUGAACAAAACGCUGAGUCACAUCAAGCCGGAAUGGCAUGAUGAGAUCCUGGCCACGGUCAAUGAUUCCAGCUCUGCAUUGGAGAUGUCAACGACAGGCAAAGCCAUCAUUCGCCAUUUGCAGAAGUUGAGCUGGCCAAGUCGGGAAAAACUCCCAGAGAAGGAUGAGCCCAAUGACUUUGCGGUGCUUGUAGUUCAAGGUGUCAAUACGGUCACGGACGUGACGAGACUUCUGAGGGUGCCGGCAACAAUUUGGGAAUCCUUUUUGGAGCAGGUUGGUAACCCGGGCCAAGAGUUACGGGUGGUGGCAGCAUUGCCGGCGCACAUCGUGGUGCAAGGCAUUGGUCAGGCACAAGUUGCAGGAGUAGGGCUCUCCGCCAUUGAGGCUGCACAUGUGGGGUUAGUCUGGCGAGUUGCUAGGAUGGUCAUGUUUUUGAAGAAGGGUGGAGACAUCACGAACUUCGAGGAUGUGGACCCCUGGGUGCCCAAAGACAACUCCAGGUCUCACGGACAAGCUCAAGGGCAAGGACUCAAAGGCAGUGGACUCAAAGAAAAGGUCUUGAAGAUGUCCACGUUGUUGGAUCAGACAGAUGAGAGUGAGCUGAUGCCGCCGGACCUACAGACCAUUCACUCCUGGUCGCAGAGAUAUCUGCAAAUCAUGGGCGACCAUCCCAUGGAGGAUGAGGAACCUACAGAUGCUCAGAUGGCUGCCCCGGACAAGAGAGUGAACCAGUUGGGCCAGGCUCCCUACGUCGACAUGGGGGUUUGGCUACCCUUUGGAAGACGAGCACUUCGUAGCCAGAAGAUGAGGGCUUUCUUCCCGGUGGGAGAUGGAACGUUCGUGGCCAGGGAGUUUCCAGGACCACAAAACUUUCUACAAUGGCAAGCAAGUUGGAAGGUGUUCAAGGUGGCUGCAAUCUCCCUGGACAUUUGCUCCAUCGCGUCCCUGCUCCUCUACGAGAAGGCCAUCGAGAAGAUGACAGUGCAGUGGCCCAGAAAUUGGGGACUCAUUGCACACGCCGAUGACAAGGCGAGGGCAGAGCGACUCGAAAGAGUUCGAAGGCAGCUAGCAAUGGAUGUUAGGAACAACAAGAGCGUGCCAGCAGACUACAACGAAGACAAGCCAUGGUCAGUGGUUUUCAGGUUAGUUGCACAAGAUGAAGGUUACUGGAACGAUCAGGUACGGCAUCCAGCGACAGCAUGGCUUGCAUCGGGAUCUAAGGGAGCUCCAUUGGCAUCGUCAGAGGCGUUGGCUCUGGCACAUUUUCCAGGACUUGCUGAAGGACAUGAACCUGAAGUUGCUAGCAACGACAAGGAGGAAAGAAGGAGGCAAGCUAACAGGGACAAGAGAGCAGCUAAGAAGAGGCGAGCUCAGUCAGAUCGUGAAGAGUUAGCCAAGUGGCGUAACAACCCUCCAAGUGGAAAAGGUGCUGGAAGCGGGGGAAAAGGCAAGAACAAGAUGCAGGGCAAGGAUCAGUCCGGAGAAGAGAUCUGCUUUUCGUGGGCAAAGGACAACGGACCUUGCGCAGGGCUGAGCCCAGGGAGCGAGUGCAAGGCCAAAGUGAAGCGUGCACAUAAGUGCCAAAUUUGUUUAUCUCCUGGGCAUAAUAAUGCCCAGUGCCCGAAGAAGUGA